UUACAUCUUAUUUACGCAGGAUGUACUGAACUCUGCAAGUCAUUUGUUACAUUUGUUUCUCCCGAUGUACUGAAUAAAAGGGAGAACAUCUCAUCCACCGACUGUCUUGGAGCUUUCGAGCCAUGGCAUCAGAGGAGCCAGGAGGUGCCUUCUCACCAGCCUAUCGGCGCCAGGAAGUACCUGAAAAACCGAACUAUGCCCACAAAUUUACUCUCGUGGGGCACACGGCAGCAGUGUCAUCAGUUAAGUUUAGUCCUGAUGGUGAAUGGAUAGCAAGUUCUUCUGCUGAUAAAGUAAUUAUAAUUUGGGGAGCAUAUGAUGGAAAAUACAACAAAACACUGUAUGGUCACAAUCUGGAAAUAUCAGAUGUUGCCUGGUCAUCAGAUUCUAGUUGUCUUGUUUCUGCCUCAGAUGAUAAAACUCUAAAGAUAUGGGCUGUGAGAUCUGGAAAAUGUUUGAAAACACUGAAGGGGCACAAUGAUUAUGUCUUUUGUUGUAAUUUCAAUCCUGCAUCCACUCUAAUCAUUUCAGGAUCUUUUGAUGAGAGUGUGAAAAUAUGGGAAGUAAAAACAGGAAAGUGCCUUAAGACUUUGUCUGCUCAUUCUGACCCAGUUUCUGCUGUUCAUUUUAAUAGUACGGGGUCCUUGAUAGUGUCAGGCAGCUACGAUGGUCUCUGUAGAAUCUGGGAUGCUGCCUCAGGUCAGUGUUUAAAAACACUUACUGUUGAUGACAAUCUUCCUGUCUCUUUUGUAAAAUUUUCUCCAAACGGUAAAUAUAUUCUCACUUCAACUUUGAACAAUACUCUUAAACUGUGGGAUUAUAGCAGAGGCAGAUGCUUGAAGACAUACACUGGUCAUAAGAAUGAGAAAUACUGCAUAUUUGCCAAUUUUUCAGUUACUGGUGGAAAGUGGAUUGUGUCUGGUUCGGAGGAUAACCUGGUUUACAUUUGGAACCUUCAGACUAAAGAGAUUGUACAGAAAUUACAAGGUCAUACAGAUGUUGUGAUUGCAGCAGCUUGUCAUCCUACAGAAAACAUCAUUGCAUCAGCAGCAUUAGAAAAUGAUAGAACAAUUAAACUAUGGAUGAGUGACUACUAAAACCUUUGGAAAUCAAGUAGUAAAGCCAAGUUGGCAAAAAAUUUAGAUGUUUGAGCCAGGUGUGGUGGCACAUGCCUGUAACGCAUCACUCUGGGAUGCUAUCCCUGCCCGGGUAACUUAGUGGGACCCCAUCUCAAGGGGCUGGGGGGUGGGAAUGUAGCUCAGUGUGAAGGUCCUAGGUUCAAGCCCAGUACAAACAAAAACACCAAAAGCAGUAACAAAAAGGUGUUUGAAAGAAUGACUUCUCUUAAUUUUGGCAUGAUUUUGUAUUUCUUUUAAAAAUUGUGUUCAUUUGCAAUAUUUUGAGACUUACAGUCAGUAUUUACAAAACAGGAGAGUUGGAAUAGUAAAGUAUAGGACCGGGGGCUUCUGACUCCUUAUCUUGAGGCCUGUUAGGAACCUCAUGUGUUUGUCCCUAGAGUGUCCCAUUUUGUUCAGUGACUGUCCUAGAAGGUCCUUAUAUUUGAGAAAUAUUUUAAAGUACAGUUGAUAAGAGAUGACUGACAGAAGCAAGUGAGUUUUUGAUUUUUGGUUUGGGAGUCAAAUGAACAUUAGCCUGGGGUGGUUACAGAACUGGAGAAGAGGUCAAAUGCCACCUAUACACUUGGUGAUGAUGGGACAUGAAAUCUGUAUCAGGUCUGUGAGUUGGGAAAAAGAAGUCAUGAUUAGGUUCAUUCUCAGCGUCUAAAACUUUAAAGGACCCUGUUAUGGUGAUCUAAAAUGUCCCCUAAAAGGCCCAUAUAUUCAGAGGUGUCUUUUGGAAAGUGAUUGGAUUGUGGGAGCACUGUAUUCAUGAGUGGAUUAAUCCACCGAUGAGUUCAUGGCUGAAUGUACUGUUAGAAAAUGGAGCUGGGUUGGAGGAAGGUCACUGGGGUUGUAACCUGGAAGGGUAUAUUCUUGUCCCUGGCUCUUCCCUUCUCUCUGCUUCCUGGCUGCCAUGAGUUCAGCAGCCUUCCUCCAUGUCAUUUUUUGCCUUGGAAUCAGGUAACUAUGGACUGAACCCACUGAAACUGAGCCAAAAUAAACUUCUCUAAGUUGAGUGUUGGGUAUUUCGUCUCAGAAAUAGGAAUGUGAUUAAUACAGACUUCUAACUGUAUUAUAUGUUGCCAUCUUGUGAUUAUUAGGGAAACUACACAUCUGAAUGGUGAGGCUACUCUCCUUCAGUACGUGACCUGUUAACUCUCCCCCUCAUAUUUCAGAUUCAUUUGCAAAAUCACCUCACAGCACCAUGACUUCUUGCCUUUUUCCAGCCUCAGUGCACAGCUGAGUUAGGUUUUCCUGCUUCUUCAGUUUCUGUGGUAAAGUUCAAAACAAUUUCUUUACCAAUUUGUGUUGUAAUUUUUUUUUUUUUUUUUUUUGAUACCAGGGAUCGAACUCAGGACCUUGCACUAGCAAAGUGGGCAGUGACACCACAGCUAAAUCCCCGGCCUGUAAUGGUUUCUUGGGCCAUGUUUGCAGUAGAUAAUGAGCUGUAUGGGAACAGGAAGUAUGGCUUACCUGUAUUUGUACUGUUGGUUUUUGCAUAGAGGAACUUAACCAUUUGAUGAAUAACAAUAGAUAGCACAGCUUCAUUCAUUCCUUGCUUUUGAUAAAUUUUAGUAUACAUGCCCAAAACUCAUUAUACCAAUUUCAAAGAAACCCUAACCUCAUGUGUUAAUGUUAUUCGUGCAGUGCUUAAUAGGAAAUAUAAGGUAAAAAGUAUAAAGUAGAAGGUGGGCAUGGUGGCACGUGCCUGUAAUCUGAUCUACUCAGGAGUCUGGGGCAGGAGGAUUCCAAGUUCAAAGCCAGUCUGGGCAAUUUAGCAAGACCUUGUCUCAAAAUGAAAUUUAAAAGGGCUAGGAAAGUAGCUCAGUGGUAGAGUGCUUACCUAGCAUGCAUAAAUCAAGGGUUCAAUCCUCAAUACCUAAAAAAAAGGAGAAAAUGGUUUCUGCCUGUUUUACCUAGGAAGACAUAAUAAAUAUGCCCCCCAAAAUCUAGGCAUUAAAGAAAUAGUAACUGAUAAUAAUUUAACUGAAAGCAAAAAUGGCAAAACUUGCUUUUUUUUUAUAUGUAAUGUUGCCUUAUAAUAGUCAUUAAAUGUUAAUUUGCUUUACCAGUUUUGAGGAGUACAUUGUAUUAGUAGGGUACAACUGGUAUAUGAGGAUACCAGAAGUAAGGUUAGUUAAGAGGUAGGUCUGAAAUUCUGGCCAUUUGUAAAGAGGUAGUCACUAUGUUACUGAAUAGAAAAUAACACAAAAUGAGAAAUUAUUGUUUAAAUUCUUGGUGAAUGAGCUUUAGUUUAAUAAAACAUCUUUACAAUAAAUCUACAAGAUAGAACACUUAAAUGCUCUUUAACAGUUAAGAAUUACAUUGUUCUAUAGAGAAAAGUUACUUAUUUUUAAAAGUACCAAUUAAAAUUUACCCACAUUUAAAACAUUGGUUUAGGGGUCCCAGAAUGAUCAAGAAAAACUAAAAUGUAUAAGAAACAAUGCUUUAAAAAAAAAAAAAAAGAAACAAUGCUUUUUGAUAAGCUGGAAAA